AUCCUCAUCCUGGUAUAAAACACGCACCGUCUUUCAAAGCCAUGUGUAUAACCAUAUCUGGACUGCUACAAUCCCAGAUGCAAGAGUUAGCAGAUCCGCUAGUAGAUCCUUGAGGAGAUCCUCUUAUUUUCUCCCUUGACUUUGCUAUGGUGCGGUUGCUAAGCAACACCUCAUGUCAACAUCGACAGUCGAUUAGCCGAAUUAGCUUUUAUAGCGAGGUUUGUUGUUAGUCGGACUCGAUGCCGCGGGUCGCUUGCAUUGCUAGCAUAGCACUGCUAGCAUAGUAACGGCUGAUCGUCUGUUAUCGUGAGUACAAUCCUCCCGCUUGUCCAAAUUAAGGCAAACAUCAUUAUCUGACACAUUGGCAUCGUUUAAAACAAUAAUACAACAUUCUAUCUACAUUUGUAGGUCAGAAAAGUGGGAAAAGCAUAAAAGGUCCCCUUCACGGUCAAUGUAAUACAAAAAGUAUCCAGCAGAUGGAGACAAAAGACAGGAUGGUGGGAGACCAGAGUGGAUGGGCACCUGGGGUCACAUACCAUAUAGUCGCCCCCGCUUGUGGGAAAUACUGUCAACCUUCCCCGUGACCAGGAGCGCCAUUCAAUUACAAAAAACAACAUAUAAAUAGACGUCAAAAAUGUAAUACAUUUAAUCUACAAAUGUUAACAUGUCAACAAUAGUGAAACAAAUGUCAAAUGCACAAUGCAUAUGGAUUGUUACCUCCAGGAUAUGACUGUAAAUUUGUGGUCUAUAAUUUACCUAUGGGUCAAACAAUAACAAAAUCAGUUUUAAGGUUGCUAUAUUUGACUAUGAAGUAUGAUGUGGUUCAAUAUGAGAAUGUUUGUCAACGUUUUUGUUAUUGAUUUCUAAACGUUUGUAUUUGUGAGUGUUUUUUUUUUUAAAUACCUCUCGGCCGCCGUAGAUUUGAGUUAUGGCGGCCAGGAAUAAACCGUUAAAAAAAUAACGUGAAGAAAUAAAACCGUACCAAAAUUGAAACACGCCGUUAAAAAGCAACACAAAGGUACAUAGAUGAUUAAAAAGUGCUUUUUAAAUGGUAAAAGUGGUGUAAAUAGUUGAAUGGAGGCGGAGUCAGGGUAAUAACAACGUCGUCGUGGAUGUUUUGGCUCCGCCUGGCUGACAAAUGUCGCUCGAUUCCCCAAAGCAUUUGAAUCUAACCUUUUUCUUCAACUACCUUCGAUGCUAAGCAACAAGGGAUUGGAAAAGGUUGUUUUUGUUUCUGAGAUGUUUUAUUUAUGUCGUGUUUUAUAUUCACGAAGACUUUGGUGCGCGAAGCCACUUUGUGCUGAAUCGCUAUUUAUUUUAUUGGACUUUAAAAGUGCAUGUUUUACGGUAGAUGUGCUUUUCUAAGUUAGUAUCAUUUCUUGUCUUGUUUACAACAUUACCAUAUGGACAUUCAAUGCGUUUUGACCUGGAAUGGACAGUCAGCUUCAAGAUGGAUCGCCAUGCAGACUAAGGUAUUGGUGUGAUGGUGCAAAAGCCGGAGCAGCUUUAUGCCAGGAAUCCAGGCACCUCCAUAAUCACUUGGAAUAUUGAAUGGAAGUUGAAGUUUCCUCGGGAUGGACUCCGGCGACCAGUGUUGGCUUUACCAUGGUCAUUUUUUUAGAUUGAUUUGACGGCGUCAGUGCACCACGGACUCCUUGUGCCCGUGUUUACAUUUGGCGGCAUCAACACUGUUGUUGGUGAGGGAGCCUCAGUCGGCCCAGGAUGCCAGGAUGCCCAUCUCCCAGGACAAUGCCCUCAGCAUCCUUCCACUGCUCAAGGAGUGGCUUGGAGCUCAGGCUGAGAGAUCACACCAGAGUCACGACCUGACUCUGGAAACUUGUGGCAGCAAGGGCUGCUGCCAAAAUGGGGAUCAAGUAUGCGGUUGCAGUGACAUUAGUAGAAUUCACGUGGAGGACUUGCCCCUGUGUCUGGACGCCAUCCGUAAGCUGGUCGAGUACAUCAACUUCAAUUUCAUGGAGGACGACACGGCUCCAUCGUGCGACCUGCCAUCCUACAACGAAGGCUCGGAUGUUGAAGUUCAUGCCGUUUCCGUCAGGAAAAAGGAAGGGGACACAGCGGAUUUUGGCUUGAGCUUUGGUAACAUCCCAAUUUUUGGGGACCCGGAUGGAAGAAAAAAGGGAGGGCCGAGGAGGAGACGAGAUCAGAGUCCCAUCAUGCAUGUGGGCUGCAUCUGGGUGACGGAAGUGAGAAAGGGAAGCCCGGCAGCCUGUUGUGAGAGAAUCAAACUGAGGGAUGAGCUGCUAUCACUGAAUGGACAGCUGAUGGUGGGAGUAGAUGUUGGUGGAGCCAGUUACCUGGCCGAUCAGUGCUGGAACGGAGGCGACAUCUACCUUGUCCUGCUGCGACGGUUCAAACGCAAGGCCCCUCCGCCUCCGUGUCGCUUCGAUGGCUGCCUCAGCACGUCCGUCAGCCAUGACAGCUGGGAUGAACAGCCACCGUGCACGGCUUCCUCCGACUCCGCUGAUAGUCCAUCAACGUGCAAACGCACACGCAAGUUUGGCGUCAUUUCACGGUCGCCCUGCAAAGACAAAGACAGCAUCGACUCGGAAUACUCGAGUUACUACAGUGACCUCAGCACCUUGGACGGUAAAGGAGUCGACUCGGGACAUAUCUUCUCCACGCGUACUUCGAUAGAGGACAGUCAUGGCACCUUUCGUCAACUGAGAGCUGAUCACCAUCAUCGCCUCAGUGGAGGCACUGCUACUCUUCCUUCGAGAAGUCAUCGGCAACUCUUGGAAACUAAAAGGGAUUCUCUUUCCAGUCAACUUUCGAAUCAGCCAAGAGAUGGUUGCCAUAUCUGGAAGAUGCACCUAGUGAAAGGUGAAGAGGGCUUGGGCAUCCAGAUAACGGGCGGGCGUGGCUCCAAGCGCUCUUCACAGGGCAUUAACAUCGCCCACAUUGAGGAGGGAGGAACAAUCCACAGAGACGGCCGUCUUCAAGCUGGUGAUGAGUUGCUGAUGAUUAAUGGUCAGUCUCUUGUGGGGCUUACCCAUCAGGAGGCGGUCUCGGUUCUCCGCUCUGCUACUGGACUUGUCCAGCUUGUUGUCGCCAGCAGGGAGGAAUCUGAUGUCGGCUUCCAUCACUUCCCAUCCACCAGUCUGCCAGAUCUGUUGACUAACCUGGAGAAACUAGAGGACACGAGCCUGACAGGGUCGUGCUGCAGCCCUGCACCCUUAAAGCUCUAUCACCAGUCCCAGGGAGGAAGUAGUCGUUUGGAGUCGGUGGGUGAAGAUGAUGAGUUCUUUGCAGAGAACGGCUUGGAGAGUUGUGACAUUUUGGAGAAGUCGUCCAAGUCGGGCAGACGGAAACACUCCUUACCCCAACAGCUCGAUACCGCUGGAGAAAGACCGGAAUAUCAGAUCAUUAAGAAAUCAGCACGCUCAUUAAGUACUGUUCAAGUGGAAUCACCAUGGCGACUUGCACAGCCGUCUAUUAUCUCCAGCAUCGUGCUGAUGAAAGGCCAAGGGAAGGGCCUCGGCUUUAGUAUCGUCGGUGGGCAGGAUUCAGCACGGGGCCAAAUGGGGAUCUUUGUCAAGACCAUUUUCUCUCACGGUGCCGCAGCAGCGGAUGGACGACUAAAAGAGGGAGAUGAGAUUCUGGAAGUUAACGGAGAGUCUCUCCAAGGACUGACACACCAACAAGCCAUCCAGACUUUCAAGCAACUCAAAAAAGGUGUUGUGUCGUUGACAAUUCGAACUCGCCUGCGGAGCCCCAGUCUCACACCCUGUGCAACCCCCACCAUUCUAAGCCGCUCCAGUUCACCCAACUCCAAUGCCAGCGGGGGGGCGCCCAUUCCAAUUGAUGAGACCGAUGGUAGGAGGGGCCCUGGUCCGAAGGACUGCAUCAUCAUGGAAGUCACGCUUGAUAAAGAGCCUGGAGUCGGUCUAGGGAUUGGAGUUUGUUUCCUCACGCCGGAAAACUCCGCUCCUGGCAUCUACAUCCACAACCUUGCGCUGGGUUCUGUGGCCAAGAUGGACGGCAGGCUCAGUCGGGGGGAUCAGAUCCUGGAGGUGGACUCUGUGAAUCUUCGUUUUGCUGCUCUCAGCGAGGCCUACGCCAUCCUCAGUGAAUGUGGCCCCGGGCCAGUCAGUCUCAUUAUUAGUCGGCACCCUAAUCCCAAGGUAUCGGAGCAGGAGAUGGAUCAUUUCAUAGCUCGGUCCACACACCGGAACAAAAUGAAGAGCCGACAAUCAUCCAAUUCCCAAGGUUUUUCCUGUAAGAGCCCAUCUGACAGCCAAGGAGAUGGACUGCAUGCCCUCAGCUGGACUAUGAAGAGAUUUCUUGAUCCAGCCAGUAGGGGGUCUCUUAGCUCAGAGACGGAGCUAUUACAACACUUCUCCUCGGACAUUCCUAGCCACACAUUCCUGACAUCGCGGGGCUCAAAUAGCGAUGAAACAUUCCACCAACAAAGCUGCAACACCUCCAUAGAGGACAUUGCAUCCCAGCCUCAGGGAAUCUCCUCAUCUGGAACCGAUGUGGACCAUGACACCUUGUACAAAGCUGAUGAUCACGUUGAGGCAUUUGGCUCACCCGCGGUUGUAUCCGAUUCCACCACGGUGCGGAGCCCGCUUCUUCGCCAACGAAGGAUAAUGCGUUACGACGACGAGCUAAGCAAAGAGGAAGACGCGGUAUCGUUGGAUGUAGAAGAAGAUGGCAACGGCAGACAUAUCAGUAAUGAUGUGAUGAUACCACUGUAUGGAAGUUGCGAUACCAAUGACUCCAAGGCCCUUGGUUCAGAGUCACCCUUCCUGCCAAUCCGUUGCCUUGGAGAGCCCACAACAGGUGAAGAUCUGUUGGAUCAUGCAGUGGCACCGGCCAAAACCAAAAGCAGCGUUGAAUCUCCGAAUUUGACCGAGCAGCAAAAGUCAAAUGUUGAUGAACCAUCAUCAGAUCAGAAGACACAAUGUGGGAAAACAUCCGUGACAGAAAGCGAAUCGAUACCCCUCUGUACCAACGUACAGACAAGUGAGCUGUCUGGCGUUUGCACUCUCGAGACCGUGACUCUGACGAGGUGUGCGAACGAAUCUUUUGGGCUGGACUUGGAGAUCAUGGCGUCCCCUCUGAAAGUUGUCAUCAACAGAUUAAAAUCUGGAGGAGCAGCAGAAAGGGAAUCCAAAGGAGUCUUGUGUCCUGGUGAUGAGAUCGUAACCAUUGGCGAAACACUGGUGAGCUCCUCCAGCUACCGGGAAAUCUGUGAACUCAUGGAUAACCUUCCUAUGACGCUGUCUUUGGAGGUUAAGAAACCUGUCUCAGCUGUAGUUGGGCUGCCCACACUGAAGAAGUCCUCGGGGAGCAGUGAUGGAGCCAUAAGCCUGAUCCCAGACAAAUCCCUUCGGGGAUCAUCGGAUGAGGACCAAGGAUUAAAUGCAAAUAUCCAACAUUCGAACCCCAAACCCCAAACAAACCAUGACGGUCCUACACCUAUCUCUAACAUUGAUGAUAUCAUACAAGAAAUGAGCCACAUCGUCGAUCGUUCCCCCGCCAUUACACCUGCAGAAAACAUAUGUGAGAGUGACAACCUUCAAGUUCCAUCCCUGCAGAGUCCCCAGCACGAUUCCCCAAUGUAUGCUUUGAAUGAAAACUGUACCCUCCUUUCAAAUUCUCCUACGCAUGCCAACCAAAGUAAGGAAUGCAUAUCUACAGCUUCAGAUAGAUUAUGCCCACAAAGGUUCAAUACCUUGCAUAAAGGGAAAGACCACAAAGGAGAUAUCAGUGAUUCAAGUGGUGACAAGCUCAAUUCCAAUCUCGAAGAGAAAGAGCAUCACUGUCCCUGCGAUGACCAAGUACUUGCUGCAGAUGUACAUGCAAACGCAACAUCAAACGGGUAUUUGCCUUCGCACCCUGCCAGUGAGAAGAAAAAGAGUCGCGUGGUUCUUGGCUCCCAACGGGCGAACGUCUCAGCCACAGAGAAACUACGCCCACCUUCACAUGCAACGUCGCCAUCCCGUAUGGAGAGCAAAAUUAAUAGUGAGGUUGACUCGGACUCUGGUAAACAUAACCAGGCCUUUAAUACUACAAGCAUCGGUAUUCACGGCAACCUCCCCCCACUUGAUUGUCCCGAUUACAAUACCGCUACGAUGUUGCCUUGUGAUGCCUUGUUGGACUCUGAUGCAUUGAAGCAGAAGACUUACCAUGUAACCACUGACGGUUCAAGUAGAACCGAGUCUACAACUGAUCAAAUCUCAAAUGCUAGACCAAUCCCCGCCUUUUGUGAUACAUUCCAAGUCGACAAUAGCCCUAAACUUAAGGGUCUACGGAUAAAGACCAAUAAAGCACCAGAGGAGCCAUCCCACAAUCAUACCAAGAAUCCGAGUCCAGUUCUUUCAAACAUCGACAUGGUCUUGAACCAGCCAGGAGAGUUAGCAUCAGAGGACACAAGCGUUCCCAAUUUGAAGGCCAGUAACCAGCAUGAUAGAAACAGUGUAGCCCUACCCAAAUGUGGUCUACAAAGGACUGAGCGUGAGGCUUCAGAUGACUCAUUUGGACCCAUCAUUUCAAACGAGAAGACCAAUAACGACGGAGGUGUCACGCCAACGUCAAAACCCCAGAAACUUUUACACCAACCUGCCACUCAGAGAACGUUCAUAGAAGUUAAACUCUACUCUUUAUCAAGUACCUCGCACCCUACGGCAAACGAGCGCACUACGGACUCAAAGAGCUCGUCAUUCGCUAAUGCGGGCACCAGCGUAGUCCCACAUUCCAAAUCCAUACUACGGACAACAAAUUGCAUUUUUGGUGAACUAAAGAAAAGCCAUUCGGCAACAAACGAUAACCUGAAAGCUACCGCGGAGACAAGUGAUCAACCGACGUCUGGUAUCUCCAAACUGUACAAGAAAACAAUGCUGAGGCGAAGCUUUAUCACAGACACGCCCUUUUCCGUGGACUACAAUCCCUUCUCUGUCCAACACAAAAUAAAGUCUUUCGAAAACCUGGCUCACUUUGACAAACGUUUGGCUAAAAGUGAUAUUCAGUCAUACGCUUUGGCGUACGGAACCUCGCUAAACCAAAGGAUUGCUGGUUAUCUUGGCUUAACGAACUCAUUUGACUACCAGACACGCCAACAGCUAUCGACCCCCCUAUCAGUAAAACCUCAGUCAAACAUGGCUUUGAUAAACCUCCACCCUCCAUUUGGGAGCUCUAAUGCAGGUUACCCGACAAAGGACGGUCUUGUCUCGAAAGUCCUGAUGAAAGUUCCUGAUGUGACACCAGGAACCCCGCCGGUUGUGCGGAGGAAAAAUGCCCGACUGUCUUGCCACCGGUUGCGGCAGUCCAGGGCUCUCAGUAUGCCUGAACUGGGGAAGCUAAGCACAGGCGACUUGUUGGCCGGAAUAGAUGAUGUGGGAGAGAAAACUGAGACUUUGGCUUCUUCACCUUCUGCAACAAAAGAAGGGACGACAAAAGAAAGCCAGAUUAACAGUGGAUCCACGCAAGAAACACAUGAAAGAAACUCUGAGGUCCUUGGACAACAAUCUGGCUCGUCAAUCAUGUUCAAAGAUGUAGCAUCUUCUCCUGUUCAAACGCUUCCAUUGACUCGGACAAACAAGACGUCCGUCCCUGCUCAGCUUAAGGAAAGCAAAGCGUUCAUAGAGGUGAGCAACCAUACACACCUUGUGGUCCUGCAUAAAGAGGAAGGCUCCGGGCUUGGCUUUAGUAUCGCUGGAGGAAGUGACCUCGAGCAGAAGAUAAUCACUGUCCAUCGGGUCUUCAGCAAAGGUGCGGCAAGCCUGGAGGGCACCAUCCUCAGGGGUGACCAAAUCCUAUCCAUAAAUGGCACAAGUCUGGAAGGAAAAACCCACGGGGAGGCUGUUUCUUGCCUACAUCAAGCUAAAGGCUCAAAUCCUGCCUUAGUGCUUAUUUGCAGGGGUGUUAUUAAUGAAAAGAGUACUGAAAAGCAUGACUCGGGACAUAAGCCACAGAUGGGCUUCUCGACCUUCAAGACGUCUUUGGAGAAAAGACCAGGUCCAGAUGGGGUUUUGAAAGUUGAGCUUCACAAGACGUCUGCUGGCCUUGGCUUCAGCCUGGAUGGCGGAAAAUCCUCAAGUCACGGAGACAAGCCCCUAACUGUGAAACGCAUUUUCAAAGGAGGCGCUGCUGAGCUGUCCGGGCUGAUCGAGGUUGGCGAUGAGGUCUUGUCCAUCAAUGGAUUGUCUCUGGAGGGUCUCAUGCAUCACGACGCCUGGAAAAUCAUCAAGGCUACGAACGACGGGACCAAUCACCUUACCAUCCGCAAGUCCAGUGAACGUCUGUAAUCUACGUUUGUGGUACAUCUUGAUGUUUGCAGUGACGUGCGGUGAGGUUCAUGGCUGGCGAGGUACUGACUUCUUUGGAGUUUUUCAUAAAAAAAAAUAAAUAACACGGGUUGCUCGUUAUGAGGAUAACCAAAAAAAAGAGGAGAAUAAUUCAUUUUGUUGAAAUAAAUGUUUUCAGGUACAUCUUAGAAUCUAUUUAUUUGGUUUUAAAAAAACUUUUAUGUAUAUGAAGUACACACAGGCUUCCCUUCUCCAGUAAAAGUUAAGAUACUUUGUUGUAAAAGUCAGAUCACCUCCUGGUGAGCUUGGGUAUAUCAUUUUAUUCAUUCAUUCAGCAGAGUUUCAAAAGAUAUUGAAUGCUUUGUGGAAGGAUGUCAGUGACGAGCACCUUCCAAAGCAUGCCCCCCCUACAGGAAGCAGUGGUACUGCAAAAAAAAAAAAACGUAUUUAUUAAAAACAAAAAAUUUUUAAAAACUUUGCUUUGGUUCCAAUUUUCUCUCUGAUAAAACAUUCCACUGUUCUCCAAUAUCUUAAUUUUUAUUUUUCUACACAAAAUAAGAUGAAAAAUAAAUAAACAAAUCAAGAAUAAAGAAAAUCAAUCAAUCAGUAAUAAAUAAAUAAAUAUAAUAAUAAUAAUAAAAACUUAAGAAAGCACAUAUAGUUGGUGGGUAUACAAAUUAUUUUUUUCAUAUUAAAAUGAACAAAGCAUUAUUAGAGCCCUGUAGACAUGACAAAACACGACUAUAGUCACAUUUAUACUCUUUUUAUUUACAACAUAUUGCGCAACUGCGGGGUCUUGAGACACAUGCUAACUCGCAAACUAGAGAGCUAGCGACCUAAACGGUAGCCUUCAAGUUAUUUCCUUUCAACUUAAAUAGCCAAAAACUUACCACUUCCACACGGAUAGGGAGGAUAACUAUUAACAGUUAUUUAACCUUUAACAUGAACAUGAAUCAAACGUAAUCAUUUUUUCUGGGUACAUGAUACCAUACAGCAUCCGUAUCAAACUUGCGCGGGCCGCACUAACAUUAAACUUUUAUAUCAAGGCGGGGGCUUCAAACUAGUGUCCUGCGGGCCACAUUUGGCCCGCGGGCCGCGUGUUUGAGACCCCUGGAGAAACCGGCAUAAUGCCAUAAGCCAAUUGAGUGUGCACACAGACAUUUAGCGUAGCUUGAACACUAAGUCCAUUGGAAUCAUGCAGGAAAUACACACAAAUAACACAAUUCAAUGGACAAAUAUGAAUAUUUAUUUAUUCAUUUUUGUAUUUUUCAUCAUGCCAGGGAGGUGAGACUCCAUGUCACAGGAAUGUACUACAGUUAUGGGAUCAGUAUACAGAGUUGUGGUCAGAAGUACACUCAUCAUGGGCAUUGUUAUUUAUUUGAACCAACAGUGGAAUAGUUGCAUAACAUAUUUUUUAUGUUUUUUUAAAACAAAGUGGGGGGUUCUUUUUGAAAGAUGAUUUUAUGCAGUUGUUAAAAAAAAAAAAGCAAAGUAUGUGCAUGGUGGUAAUCCUCCGACACUUGCCAAAUUCAAGUCUUGUAAAUUGAGGAUGUUAUGCAUAAUGCCAAAAACUUACCACUUCCACACGGAUAGGGAGGAUAACUAUUAACAGUUAUUUAACCUUUAACGUGAACAUUAAUCAAACGUAAUAAUUCAAAUUCCUAAGUUCUCGCAACUUAAUAGGGCACAUUUUUCCCAGGUGCCUGUGCUGUUCUGCUUUUGGAAUCAUUUUUGUGCCGAAUGUUCUUUCCUCGGAAUUAGUGUCUUUGGUUAUGGAUUGUAUUUUGAAUGAGCUUUCGGAGUUUUUUGAGUAUCUCAUUGCUUCCAUGUGCUGGUUUUCUAUAAUCAUAAUAUACGAGUGCUAAAUCCACCAUAUUUUGAUAAAACCUUUCCCCUCACCAACUGGACCAGCCAGUCCAGGGUCAUCUGGGAUAGGCUCCAGUAUACGCCCCCAAGCCUAAGGAGGCCCAAGCGGCAUUAAAAAUGUCCAUUGUCCGUUUGGAACAUCCGAUUGCGUCCAUGUUCCGGCCGUCUUGUCGUUCAUUUGAGGUGAAGAAGAAUUUGGAGGCAGUCCUGCGGCCCAGAACAUGAUGCUAACGCCGCCAUGCUGACAGAUGCUACAGUGUUCUUAGCUUUGAAAGACUCACAUUGUCUUCUCCAAACAUAUUUCUUGUCACUGUGGCCAAAUAAGUCAAUCUUUGUCUCGUGUGAUCAUAAACGGUGAAACUCAUCCAGAAGGAAUUUGACUUACGCAUGUGGGCCGCAGCAAAGUCAGUCAAAGGUGUCCAUUUUGGUUUUGGUCUGCAUCAUCUGGGUCCGUGGUGGUGUUAAAGGAUAUUUGUGGUGGACAGUUACUCUUACUGGUUCCUACGUUCUUCCUGGUCAUCUGAGUGGGACAGUUUAGGUCUUCUUUCAGAGCAUCCAAAGAACUUGGUCUUACUUACCUUCACAACGAGGGCUUUCCAGUCAUCCCUUGGCCAGACCUUUUCACAUCUGCAUCCAGGUCACGGCAUCGGCUGUUUCUUGGUCUGCUCCUCUAUUUUUGUCCUUGUGGAUUUGAAAAGAGGACACAAGAGGGGCGUGAGAAGUUUAUGACCAACCCAUCUCCAUAUCCUGUCCAGGUUACUGAAGGUAUCUGGCCAGCUUGCUAGUGGGAUUCGCCUGAGACACGUGUUGUUGAUAAAGGACGGGAUUUUCUUUCUUCACGGUGGUGACCGUUGUCGUCCAGGUUCUCACAGAAGAAUAAGACUUACCAUGGAGUUAAAGAUCCUGGUACUGGCGUUGCUAGGCGUUCAUCACCUGCUAUGAUUAUCUCCUCGAGGCGAGAGGCCGCUUGUCUCCAGAACAAGACCUCCACAUGCUUAUCACAUGUUGUAAGGUGAACAAGUGAGUGACAAAUUGGCAAUCGCACAAAAGGAGUUUGGAUGAUCAACUCCUAUAAAGUUGGGUUCGGCAGCUGUCCAGAAGUCCUCCUGAGCACUUGACAGUGUGAGCAACCACAGUGGAGUGUCUGUGUCUGGAGACCGUGAGUGGAAUGUAUUAAACAUUUAAGCAGGAAGCACAAAAUCGAAGAAAAGCAGCUGGAAUAGGUGCAGAUUCUGGAAGAUCUAGAAAGCUUUGUAUGCUGGUUUAUCGUGUGGAGCUGCUCAAUAUAAAGGGCGGGAAAAUGACCAUAAUAGGUCCCCUUUUAAUGCAUGGACACGCAUUUACACAUAGUUCAGUUCCAACUCAAAUAGUUCCGAUAGAAAUGUGAAAAUUGUAAAUAGUUCAUAGUGUUAUUUUUGUAAAUAAAUUAUUUUUAUGUAAAAAAAAAAUUGUGCUUUAGUCGUUUCGAAUUUUGAGUUGUCACAAAAGCAAAAAAAAUAUUGUGUCAAAGUGAAAGUUAUGCUUGAAAUGGAUCUUUUUUAUAAUAAGCUGGUUUUCUCACAUUUUUAGUCGGCAACUGAUAUUUUCCUGAAACCUAAAUAUGUUCUACUGCUGAUUGCGAAAGAACAGAAAUGGGUAGAAACCAUUUUUUUUCUGAUGAAAGACUUCUCUUUCUUUUGGUUUGGUUCUACGUUCAUAUAGCCAUAGAAUACAAUAAUCUGUGUGCCUUGAAAGAUCAUAAUCAUAAUCAUCAAAAAUGGCAGUGAAGCGGUCGCUUUUUUUUUUUUCUAAGGCGCUCUUGAACCUCGAGCACCAUUCAGUCAAAGAUGUUUUAUCACGUCAUGUCCACCAUGACGGUGGAUACAUUCAAAUGUCAACAUGUCAACUCAAUUCUUGUUUUUAAAAAUCAGUGACGAUAUAAUUUGUAGAAUUAUUCCACGCUGCAAAAAGAGCGGUUCAAAUCCCAUCGGAAAGAUGAGUGUAUAUAAACUUCUGAGCACAACCGUAUUUCAUAAGCUUCAUCGGGUUCUCCAAUGUUGUUGUUGGGUUUUGUUUUUUUUAAAUAAAGUUAUGAUGUAAAAAAUA